UGGGAAUAGAACCCAGGAGCCUGGCUUCUUGGCUGUGGUAGGAACCAUUCCGGCAUGGCGCCUCUAUUCGCUGGAAGAAAUGCUUCCCGAGCGCGCAGCGUGUCUGUCCUAACGGGAGUUCGCCACCCUCUUCCAGAGCCUGGCGUCUAUGGAGGAGUUCCGGAACCUGGACCGGGAUAUCGAGGGCUCUGCCAAACGCUGGAAGAAGUUUGUCGAAUCGGAAUGCCCUGAGAGGGAGAAGUUCCCUCAGGAGUGGAAGAACAAGUCAGCGCUGCAGCGGCUGUGCAUGCUGAGAGCCAUCCGGCCGGACCGCAUGACUUACGCUGUCCGCGAUUUUGUUGAAGAAAAGCUGGGAAGUAAAUAUGUGAUAGGAAGAUCUCUGGAUUUUACAACAUCAUUUGAGGAGUCGGGACCUGCGACCCCCAUGUUUUUUAUCCUGUCCCCAGGGGUCGACCCUUUGAAGGAUGUGGAAAAACAAGGGAAGAAACUUGGUUACACGUUUAACAACAGGAAUUUCCACAAUGUUUCCCUUGGACAAGGCCAAGAGGCAGUGGCAGAGGAAGCUUUAGCCAUGGCUGCGAAGGAAGGUCACUGGGUUAUCCUUCAGAAUAUCCAUCUGGUCGCCAAAUGGCUGAGUUCUCUGGAGAAAAAACUUGAGCAGCACAGUGCAGGCAGCCACCAGGAGUUCCGUGUCUUCAUUAGCGCAGAGCCUGCUCCUUCCCCUGAUGGCCACGUCAUCCCCCAGGGCAUCCUGGAGAACUCCAUCAAAAUCACCAACGAGCCUCCCACUGGGAUGCAUGCCAACCUGCACAAGGCCCUGGAUAACUUCAGCCAGGACACUCUGGAGAUGUGUGCCCGAGAGAACGAGUUCAAAAGUAUCCUGUUCGCCCUCUGCUAUUUCCACGCCGUGGUGGCCGAGAGACGCAAGUUCGGGCCGCAGGGCUGGAACCGCUCCUAUCCCUUUAACACUGGAGACCUCACUAUCUCGGUCAACGUGCUAUACAAUUAUCUGGAGGCCAAUUCUAAGGUCCCCUAUGACGAUUUGCGCUACCUCUUUGGUGAGAUUAUGUAUGGAGGCCACAUCACAGAUGACUGGGACAGACGCCUUUGCAAAACCUACUUGGAGGAAUUUAUUAAGCCAGAAAUGCUGGAGGGAGAGUUCUUCCUAGCUCCAGGGUUCCCGCUCCCGGGGAACAUGGACUACAAUGGUUAUCACCAGUACAUAGACGAUGCCCUGCCUGCCGAGUCACCGUACCUCUACGGCCUCCACCCCAACGCUGAAAUCGGCUUCCUAACCCAGACCUCAGAGAAGCUCUUCCGCACCGUCUUGGAGAUGCAGCCUCGCGCCACGAGCACUGGCGAGGGAGCAGGGGCCGCGAGGGAAGAGAAGGUGAAGGCUUGUCUGGACGAGAUUUUAGAGAAGUUACCAGAUGAGUUUAACAUCCCGGAGCUGAUGGCAAAGGUGGAGGAGCGGACUCCCUACGUGGUGGUUGCCUUCCAGGAAUGUGAACGCAUGAACAUCCUCAGCAGUGAGAUAAAGCGCUCCCUUCAGGAGCUAGAUCUGGGGUUAAAGGGGGAGCUGACAAUGACAAGCAAUAUGGAGAACCUACAGAGCGCCCUCUUCCUGGACACUGUGCCCGAGUCUUGGACGAGGAGGGCUUACCCUUCCGUGGCGGGCCUGGCGGGCUGGUUUGCAGACCUGCUCAGCCGCAUCAAGGAGCUUGAGACGUGGACAGGAGACUUUGUCUUGCCCUCUGUCGUGUGGCUGGCGGGAUUCUUCAACCCUCAGUCCUUCCUGACCGCCAUCCUGCAGUCCACGGCCCGCAAGAGCGAGUGGCCGCUCGACAGGAUGACUCUGCAGUGCGACGUGACGAAGAAGACCCGGGAAGAUCUGAGCAGCCCUCCCCGGGAGGGCGCCUACGUCCAUGGGCUGUUCAUGGAGGGAGCGCGCUGGGACAUGCAGACUGGCAUGAUGACUGACGCCCUGCUGAAGGAUCUCACGCCAGCCAUGCCCGUCAUUUUCCUCAAGGCCGUUCCCGCAGACAGACAGGCCCCUCGCAGCGUGUACCCGUGUCCUGUGUACAAAACGUGCCAGCGGGGGCCCACCUACGUCUGGACCUUUCCCCUGAAAACUAAAGAAACCCCUUCCAAGUGGGUCCUCGCUGGGGUGGCCCUGCUUCUGCAGAUCUAGGGCCGGCUGGACUCAGUGUCUCCACCCGAGAGUCUCGAGGACGGCCCAGCCAGUCCUAAACCAACGGGCACGGAGAGAAAACCGACCUGCUCUCUGGACUCAGGCACGUACUGAGCGUGGUGGAUGAAUUCGUAAGAGGAGGCCGUGGGCAGUAGCAGGCACGUCUCCAGGAGAGUCCGGUACCCGACUGGCUAGGCUAUUGGCGCAGGCCUCAGAAGGCCUGGGCUCUUUACCCCACCUAGCCGCUGAAUGACAGUAGACAAAUCCUUCCCUACCUCAGUUUCCCACUCUGUAAAAGGGGGUGGAUGGCAGUAACACCCGCCCCCUUUGUAAUGUGCUUUAUGUACCGAGAAGAGCAAGGUGUUUCAUAGCCGUGAAUGGCCAUUGGCCAGAGCCCAUGUCACUCACGUCAGUGUGGCCACUCGUUCAGUGGCCUGCCGUGGCUUUAUGCCAGCUGAGGUAGCGGCCCCGUCUCUGUCACACCCAGGGGGCUAACGGGCCGCUAGGCUCCCCUGUGACCUCGCGUGUUUUUUUCUGUCCUGGUUCAAAGCCAGUUGAGUUUGCACAUUGACUUUGAUGGGCCUUGGAUCCAGCUACAUUGAAACGCUUUGUAAUUCUUUCUCUUCUGGUGGUUUAAGCCAACCAAAUGUUUCAGUGACGCACGAAGAAAAAUUCUGAAGCCAGGGAGCCCAGGCCUCGUCAGGGCAACGCGGGAUCUUAAAUCAUUUCGAAUUCCUCGCUGACCUCCCUCCAGACCUAGGGCGUCGGAAGGAGAGCGAGUGCGGCCGUGCGGCUCAUGAAGCUGAAUGGGGAGAGGUGGCUUGCUUACAUGAAGCAAAACAUUCCAACAGGGUGCACAUUGCUAAUAAAAUCUGUAUCCUUGCACCUGC